AUGAAGAAACCCUUUCAGCUCUUGUUUACUAUUCUAACUAUCUUCAUCAUUAUUGUGCAAGGGGUAGUGGGGAAUGUGCAGCAACGACAACACAACCGAUGUAUCCCACUUAAGGCAUAAACUGGAUUUUGUGUUCUCCAAGAAUGUGAGUCUCUGUGUAAGAAGAUGGGUAACAAAUUAGAGGGUAUUUGCUGGGGGCAUAAUGCCCAAGGAAAAAACCCAAAGACGUGCCAUUGCUGUGGUUUGUGGCCUCCUGGUUACUAA